CUGUCGUUGCAGUGACGUGGAACCGACCUACGUAAACACUCACGAGCAGGGCUACCGCUAUUGUUUCGCCUUCUUCUAACAACUAAUUCAUUCCUGAAGGUGAAAAGCGGCUUACUAUUGUUUCAACAGUUUCCAUCCACGUCACUGACUUCCAUUCUAUCACCGUCCAUUAAUCUGCAAGAAUGGAGGGACCAUUUGGCUAUCUCAUCUUGAACUGACUGUUUUAUAACGACAGAACAAAUACAAUAAAGUGGAACUUUCUAGAUCUGCCAAGUGAGGCCCACUGAUCCAGAACCUAAAUUCCAAACCUGAAGGUGUGCAAGACUUUUACACACAUGGCAACUAGAAAAGCAGAAGAAACUUUCCAGAUGUCUUCCAGUAAAGACCCGGUUUUAAUUACAAUGUCACAAAGAAACACCAAUGGCCUCCCUGGGACCACCUCCAACGACAUGAAGGCCUGCAGUGAAGGAGCGGUGUUAAGUUUUCAUAACAUCUGCUAUCGAGUAAAAGUGAAGAGUGGCUUUCUUGGUCGAAAAACAUUUGAGAAAGAAAUACUGAAGAAUGUUAAUGGGAUCAUGAGACCCGGCCUCAACGCUAUUCUGGGACCCACAGGUGGAGGCAAAUCUUCGUUGUUAGAUGUUCUAGCUGCAAGGAAAGAUCCACAGGGAUUAUCUGGAGAUGUUUUGAUUAAUGGAGGCCCUCGACCUGCCAAUUUCAAAUGUAAUUCAGGUUAUGUGGUACAAGAUGAUGUUGUGAUGGGAACUCUGACAGUGAGAGAAAAUUUGCAUUUCUCAGCAGCUCUUCGGCUUCCAACCACUAUGAAGAAUUAUGAAAAAAAUGAACGGAUUAACAAGGUUAUUCAAGAGUUAGGUCUGGAUAAAGUGGCAGAUUCCAAGGUUGGUACUCAGUUUAUUCGUGGGGUGUCUGGAGGAGAAAGAAAAAGGACCAGUAUUGGCAUGGAACUUAUUACUGACCCUUCCAUCUUGUUCCUGGAUGAGCCCACAACUGGUUUAGACUCAAGCACAGCAAGUGCUGUUCUUUUGCUACUGAAGAGGAUGUCUAAACAGGGACGGACAAUCAUCUUCUCCAUUCAUCAGCCACGCUAUUCCAUCUUCAAGUUGUUUGAUAGCCUCACCUUAUUGGCUUCAGGAAAACUGAUGUUCCACGGGCCUGCUCAGGAAGCCUUGGGGUACUUUGCAUCAGCUGGAUACCACUGUGAGUCCUAUAAUAACCCUGCAGACUUCUUCCUGGAUGUCAUUAAUGGAGACUCCUCUGCUGUGGUGUUAAACAGAGAGGAUGAAGACGGUGAAGCUAAGGACAUUGAAGAAGCUUCCAAGGGAGAGACUCCUCUCAUAGAAAGAUUAGCUGAGUUUUAUACCAACUCCACCUUCUUUAGAGAAACACAGGUUGAGUUAGAUCAACUUUCAGGAGUUGAAAAAAAGAAGAAGAACAUAGGCUUCAAGGAAAUCACCUAUUCCACCUCCUUCUUUCAUCAACUCAAAUGGAUUUCCAAACGUUCAUUCAAAAACUUACUGGGUAACCCCCAGGCUUCUAUAGCUCAGAUAAUUGUAACAAUCAUCUUGGGCCUUGUUGUUGGUGCCAUUUUCUAUGAUCUAAAAAAUGAUCCUACAGGAAUCCAGAAUAGAGCUGGAGUGCUCUUCUACCUGACGACCAAUCAGUGUUUCACCAGUGUGUCAGCUGUGGAGCUCUUCGUAGUGGAGAAGAAGCUCUUUAUACAUGAAUAUAUCAGUGGAUACUACAGAGUGUCAUCUUACUUCUUUGGGAAACUGUUAUCAGAUUUAUUACCCAUGAGGAUGUUACCAAGUAUUAUAUUUACUUGUAUAACAUACUUCUUGUUAGGACUGAAACCAGAAGUAGAGGCCUUCUUCAUUAUGAUGUUCAGCCUUAUGAUGGUGGCAUAUUCAUCCAGCUCUAUGUCACUGGCCAUAGCGGCAGGUCAAAGUGUGGUCUCCAUAGCAACUCUGCUUAUGACUAUCUCUUUUGUGGUCAUGAUGAUAUUUUCAGGGCUGUUGGUAAAUCUCAGAACUGUGGUGCCUUGGCUUUCAUGGAUUCAAUACAUCAGCAUUCCUCGUUAUGGCUAUUCGGCUUUGCUGUAUAAUGAAUUUUUGGGACAAAACUUCUGCCCAGGCCUUAAUGGAACAACAAACAGUACCUGUGAAUUUGCAAUGGUGUUGGCACAGUGGCAGGACUGCAAUAUGUAUGGCAGCCUUCCCACCCCAGACCAUAAAGCUUUCAGGUAUUUCCCUCCAACCACCUGUUAUUUAAUGAAGCAUAAAUCCCUGAGAGUCUUUUCUGGUGUAGACCAUUCUGACCCUAAAGCAAAAUAUUUUGAUCUUUGAACUUUAUGGAACAUUUUAAUGAUUUUUGCUUAAUGCAGCAGCAUUACCAUCCUAUUUUUACUGGUUGAUAUAUGACUGUCAGGGCUAAUCAUUACUUUUUUUUAUUUCAGUACAUUUCCUUUUUUUCACAUAA